GAGAGAGAGAGCGCACCUCUGCCGCUCCUCCUGCCUCCUCUCCUGUGCGCAGUGCUCCGGCCCGGCCGCUCCUUCCUUCCUCAUUUCCUCUCCACAGCUGGCUCUCCGCUCUCGGAUGCUGGCAGCCUUCUCCUUUCACACACCGCGCUGGACCAAAUACUUCGGAGGGUGGAAUGACUGACUACCUGUUUUGCAUGGUCUGAAUUUCGGGAAAUUCGCACGCCGGAAAGGAGGGGAGUCGAGAGGGAAAAAGAGGCUCUCCAUCCCCCGAGGGAAUUUAUUUUACAGAGGUAUGCCAGUGCCUGAGGUGGCGUCUGACACCGCCAGCGCUGCCGCCAUGUUGAGCCCCGUCCUCAACGCCUCCAACGGAGACGGCUCCGAGUCUGAAACCACCUCCGCCAUCCUCGCCUCCGUCAAGGAACAGGAGUUGCAGUUUGAACGUCUGACCAGGGAGCUGGAAGCCGAACGACAGAUUGUUGCCAGUCAGCUGGAGAGAUGCAAGCUUGGCUCUGAAACUGGAAGCAUGACUAGCAUCAGCUCGGCAGAUGAGAAAUUUCGCUGGAACAACCAAGAUGGACAGAAGGACAUAGAGGAGGAACUGACGACAGGCCUGGAGUUGGUGGACUCCUGUAUCAGAUCGCUCCAGGAAUCAGGCAUCUUGGACUCGCAGGACACCUCUACAGGAGAUAGACAAGGACUUCUGUCUCAAAGUGCUUUGCAGCUCAACAACCAGGAUGCCUAUGCAGCUGCUGGUUACCAUAGUAACCAAGGGCUGGCACUUGGCGAAUCAGUCACGGGCCGCAGUGGGCACGUUGGAGGGGCUGUUCAUAGCUACAACCAGGUGACAUCCAGCCGUGCAGCUGCCCAGUUAGUGGGGACAGACUCUCCUUCUCAGUCCCAGAGAGACUCAUUUGCCCAGCAAGCCCAUGGCAGCGCCUUCCACAUGCCCACUGAGGGCGGAUCUGCACCUGUCGGACCAUCCAUGUAUUACUCCUGUGCCACUUUGCCUGCACAGCGUGUGAGCUCUCCUCUGCAGGCGGUGGGAUCUCCUACCAAGCUGCAGCGCCUGGGAUCAGCCUCCUCAGACAUGCCCAGCUACGCCACACUACAGAGGGUGUCCUCGCCCAAACAGUCACCCAGCCGACUCGCCAAGUCCUACAGCACUUCAUCGCCUAUCAACAUGGUAGCAUCAGGUGCCGCUGGAUCCUCCUCCCCUCUCCCCAUGGCAGCCUCCCCGGGGGGAAACCACACCUCGUCACCCAUCCACCAGCUCAGCUCGGUGGUGGGCAGCUACGCCACCCUGUCGCCCACCAAGCGCAUGCUGCAUCACAUCGGAGCAGACAGCUACAAGAUUUCCCACGAGCUGUACGCCAACGCAACCCUGCAAAGGCCUGGUAGCCUGGCAGGUAGAGGCUCCAGAGGCUCCUACAGCAGCCAGCACAGUCACUUGGGCUCUGAGCUGCGACCUCUGCAGUCUCCUGAACACCACAUCGACCCCAUCUACGAAGACAGAGUCUAUACCAAACCCAACCUUAGAGGACAAGUUGUGAACCAAUUGUACCAAGAGGUCCUCAACUAUCUGCUCUGUCCCUACGCUCCUCUUCCCGCUUUAGCCCCGCCUUCCCCCGGUGUCGACCCAAUCCCCUUGCAGCGAACGGGAAGCCAGAGCGCCACCGCCACCUUUCAGAGAGGCAGCUUUGCCACAGGAGGCGGGGCGGCUGACUACGCCAACCCGUACCGCACUCUGCAGUUCUGCCCGUCCACCGAGUCGCCUUACAGCAAGUCGGGCCCCGCCCUCCCUCCUGAGGCGGCCCUGGGCCGGUCUCCAUCUGUGGACAGCAUCCAGAAGGACCCAAGGUACGACCCCGAAUUCCUUGUGUGGAAUCAAAAUCAAGCCGAGCAAAGAAUGACAAAGGAGUUUGGCUGGAGGGAUCCAGAGCUGCCAGAGGUGAUCCAGAUGUUGCAGCAUCAGUUCCCAUCAGUCCAGUCCAAUGCUGCUGCCUACCUCCAGCACCUCUGCUUUGGAGACAACAAGAUCAAGUCUGAGAUCCGGCGGCAGGGUGGCAUCCAACUUCUGGUUGACUUAUUGGACCACCGGAUGACCGACGUCCACCGCAGUGCCUGCGGAGCUCUGAGGAACCUGGUGUACGGCAAAGCCAACGACGACAACAAGAUCGCCCUGAAGAACUGCGGAGGCAUACCAGCUCUGGUCCGGCUGCUCCGGAAGACCACAGAUGUGGAGAUCCGAGAACUCCUCACAGGUGUUUUGUGGAACCUGUCAUCGUGUGACGCCCUGAAGAUGCCCAUCAUCCAGGAUGCCCUGGCUGUGUUGACCAACGCUGUGAUCAUCCCCCACUCGGGCUGGGACACCUCACCCCAUACACAGGAGGACCGCAAGCUGCACCUCCACUCCUCCCAGGUCCUCCGCAACGCCACCGGCUGCCUCCGGAAUGUGAGUUCUGCAGGUGAGGAGGCACGGAGGAGGAUGAGGGAGUGUGAAGGCCUGACAGACGCUCUGCUCUACGUCAUCCAGACUGCUCUGGGGAGCAGUGAGAUUGACAGCAAGACCGUGGAGAACUGUGUGUGCAUUCUGAGGAACCUGUCGUACCGUCUGGCUGCAGAGACAUCUCACAGCCAGCAGGGGGGGUCUGAGGAGCUGGACGGCCUUUUGUGUGACACUGGCGGGAAGGACGCAGAGAGCUCCGGAUGCUGGGGCAAGAAGAAGAAGAAAAAGAAGGGCCACGACCAAUGGGACGGCGUCGGCCCAUUUCCAGACUUGGCGGAGCCCCCAAAAGGCAUCCAGAUGUUAUGGCACCCUACCAUCGUCAAGCCCUACCUCACACUGCUGUCUGAGUGUUCCAACCCAGACACCCUGGAGGGAGCAGCUGGGGCCCUGCAAAACCUAGCUGCUGGCAGCUGGAAGUGGUCGGUCUAUAUCCGGGCCGCAGUGCGCAAGGAGAAGGGGCUCCCUAUCCUGGUGGAGUUACUGAGGAUAGACAACGACCGGGUGGUCUGUGCCGUGGCCACUGCUCUGAGAAACAUGGCCCUGGACAUCAGGAACAAGGAGCUCAUUGGUAAGUACGCCAUGAGGGACCUGGUGCACCGUUUGCCCGGUGGCAGCAACAACAACAACAGCAGCGGUGGAGGAGGAGGAGGUGGAAGCGCCAACAGCAGCAGCCUGGUAGGGAAGACCAUGUCAGACGACACCAUCACUGCUAUCUGCUGCGCACUGCAUGAGGUCAUCACCAAGAACAUGGAGAACACCAAGGCCCUGAGGGACGCCGGUGGCAUUGAGAAGCUCAUCGGCAUCGCCCGCAGCAAAGGAGACAAAAUUCCUAGACAUAGUCCUAAAGUGGUGAAAGCAGCAUCUCAAGUCCUGAACAGCAUGUGGCAGUACAGAGACCUCCGCAGCCUCUACAAAAAGGAUGGCUAUUCUCAGUACCAUUUUGUCGGCUCUUCCUCCACGAUAGAGAGAGACAGACAGCGACCUUAUUCCUCCUCUCGUACUCCGUCCAUCUCUCCCGUACGGACCUCGCCCAACAAUCGAUCAGCGAGCGCUCCCGCAUCCCCCAGGGAGAUGAUGGCAUUGAAGGAGAGGAAGGCAGACUAUGACUUGACCGGCAAUGCCACUUACCAUGGCAGCAAGGGCGAACACACAUCCCGAAAGGACGCCAUGACAGGUCAAAUCUCCGGUGGGUCUUCAACACUACACAGAGGAGCAUAUGUGUCACCUACUGAUGACCUGAAGUAUAAUCAGGUCUCCUCUCAAGGCUUGCCUUCAGAACCCUACCCUCCUUUCCAAAACCCUCCCCCACCCGACAGUGUCACCUUCGAGGACCAGGCCUUCUACGAGAACCAGGUUCACGCCGGAGGACGCCCCCCGCAAGGUGACCUCAACAUGCACCUGCAGGGCCUCAAAUCCACCGGCAACUAUGUAGACUUCUACUCAGCCUCGCGGCCCUACAGUGAGCUCAACUAUGAGACCAGCCACUAUCCAGCCUCACCAGACUCCUGGGUCUAAGGGGAGAUGAGGGUGGAGGAGGAGGAGGAGGAGGAGGAGAGGGUGAAUGAAGGAAAACAGGACAGUGGAGGGAAUAGUUUAAAAGGUGGAGGAAAGAAGAUGAAAGGACACUGUUUCCCUCCCUUCCCAUCCUCCUCAGUAGUUCCUGAGUAGCAUCAUAGGUAGCAGGGUGAAAGAGGGGGAGGACGGAGCGAAAGAAAGGAGGUACAACACCACACUCCUUUCAAGAGACAUUUGAAGGAGGAGGGAGAGGGGACAAAGGAGGAAAGGAGAAGAGCAGAAGAGCGGCCAUGCAUGUGCAUGCACACCACCAACAAAACCGACGGACACAUUUUCUUUCUGUGUUUAGUUUGUGAUCAACAACUGCUACAAGGUUCAGCAGACAGAAAGCUAAAAACCUCCUGCACCUGAAGGCCUCUGGAUACAGAACGUGAGAGGGACAGACAUGAUGAAAGAGUCAGAAUGAAAAGGAAAAGCGUGAUAAAAAAAAAAGUUGGAAAUACUGUAUAUUGGGAUGCAGAAGGACAAUGAAAGAGAAAAAUGGAUCAGUGGACUUGAGGAUGGAAGGUUUUUGGAUGGUGAACGGAAUGUGUCAGAGAUGACCGGGAGAAACCUGUAAAUAUGUGGUAUAGUAACAUGGAUUUUAGUAAUGUGAAGCACAAGAAGCAGAGCUGUAGGACAUGUAGGACGUCUGUCACACAAACUUUUGUUUCUCUCUAUGGCUUCAGCGUGAUGUAUCCUCCUCUGGGCAAAGAAUGCUUCUGGACUUUGUCAUUUGUAACAGGUUUUUUCUUUUUCUUUUUGUGUUUCUACUUUUUUAAUUCUCGAUUCUGGUUGUAUAGUAUUUGAUGUACACUGUACAUUUACGGAGAUGCAUUGUGUACUGUACAUAGCACUAUUUUCUGUGUCAUGUCAGGCCUUCGCCAUUGGUCCUCCUCACUUCCUCACUAACUAUCCCCCAACACAUACACAUACUUGAGACACACAAUAUCGCCACUCAGACUGUCAAAACUCAAAUCACAGCUACAGACAGAUUUCAACAUGUUGCUAAAGUGAAGCAUUCAAUAAUAAUUGGGUAUUGAAGCAUCAAUUCUGGUGGGUCAGGGUGCUCCUUUUACUGCCCUACAGAUAGUUUUCACAAAUGGCCAAAGAGAGGCUCAAACAGUAUCUGGAAUCACAGCAGCAGAUGCCUUUUCUGUGACAAAAAUCUUGUUUUUUGAGGCUAGCUUUGGUUUUGCGGCGGCUAUCUUUCCACAUUAACACCACUAAACCCCUUUUUGUCCCCAUGAGCCCUUCCUUCUAGUGCUCACUGUGUAUAUAACCGUGCCAAACAAGGGUUACUUCCCCUUAGCUGAAGAGGGCAGGGGGGGUGAAUGUUAGGGGGUGAAAAAGGGUCCAAGCUCAGUUGAAACUUUGAUUUCAGCUGAACAUCCUUGCAGUUCUAACAAUGCCAGUUUGUAAAUGCUUUGGUUUUUCUAAACUGUGUUUUAUUGGGAUGAAAACUGUCUAACUGCACCGGGACUGGGGAGAAAAAAAUAAUAAUAAAAAAAAAAAGAAAACCGUGGAGGGACUGUGACCGGGCGGAGCCUCGCUUCCUCCAAAGUUGUACAAAAUUAGUUGAUUUCUGUGUUGUAAAAUAAUCAAUGUUUGAAGUACAAAAAAAAAAAAACUUUUCUGAGAGAUGGGUGGCAAUUCUAACUUCAUGGUAGACAAAACUGUUAAUAGAGUAUGGAUAUAUAUUAUAUAAAUAUAAAUAUAUACUUUUUAUGUGCAGAUGUGGAUGUCACUUAUAGCAGCAACAUUAUGGAAAAAGACUUGUAAAAAAAACAGCUACAUGUAGGAAUUUUGUUCACAUUUUAUUUUCUGGUCAACACACUAAAUUGUCAACUUUGUGUAGUAAUGUUGUUGCUAUGUGGAGUAGAGUAGACCAGGGCCCAGGGAUCCACGUUGUCACUAAAGCAGUCGAAAAAAAAGGUGCUACAUCCGUGAGCAGUAUUUCCAACAUGUCUGUACUUUAACUGUGCACAAAAUGUUUGUUGCCCCUUGCAUUGAUAGCAAAUUAUUGAUUAUCAGACAUGAGUUCUGAUCAUGUCACAGGUGUCUGUUUUAAACCACAUAACAGAGAACAAUCACAAAUUUGAUUCGUUUAAAAAGUGUAUUCCUCGUGCAUGAAACCCCAGUCUGAUGAAUUGGUCUCAUUAUGCUAAAUGGCAAAAAAUGCACCCAUGAAUGCAUGAUUAUUUUGUCGUCAAUCUGAAACUUGAUGGUGUUUUUUUUUUUCUUUUUCUUUUUUUUAAAGUGAGAAAGACUAAAUUGUAAAAUGUGACAACAGACCCUGGUUCUCCCUACCCACUGCUGUUUAGAAGUCCUAGAGGUCAUCUUCCGAUGCUUGAUGCUCAUAAUGCAAACUGUCCCCACAAAAACACUGGAUGAAAAACAGACGUACUGUAUUUGUUAGUGAGCAUCUGGAAACUGACAACGUUAUGUAUGUCCUUGUGAUCCUUAGGCAGAAAACCUGACUAUAAGACCUGUAUGGAGAUAUAACGUCGGUAACCUUUUUGUUGCUAGACCAAACGUGUUUUAAAAAGAGAAUUGUGAAUCUUUCUAUUGCCUCAAACAAAUUGCAACUGCUCCAAAAAAUAUAAACGGACCAUCGAAGAACUUCUGAA